AUGAACCGCAAUGCUUCACUAGUCAAUUUUGACUCGAUCAACCAAACUCAUCCUCUCGGCCAGGCCACUCGGUCGCAGAUCAGUCAGCCGAUCUCGGUCUCCGACGCUUCUCCUCCUCCGCCACACAUCAGCACCAAAACCGGCGGUUUCCGCAUCAGCUUCAGCAAGAGCCGAGCCAGCAUCACCGGCACCGGCUGCAGCGCGCCUCGAGACAAGACACCCUCGAGCCUCUCUCAUCCCUCGACCGUCCCGCCUCGGCCAGACGCUUCGGUCACUCCGCCGCGACGGACAGUCUCGUUGUCGUCUCGAGUGGCUCGGCCUCGGCUGCCUUCGGCCCUGCGCGGCUUGGCCGACAAUUUGCCCAGCCUCAAUCUGGGCCUCAGUCGCAGUCUUCAUCUGCCCACCGAACGAGCACACCUUUUGGCCACCGACGCCGGCGCUGCCAACGGCGAUGGCGUCGCCUUCACGACCGUGUCGUCGGGCCUGUCGGUCGGUUGGCCGAGCCAGACGACACGAGAUGACGACGCCCAGUUUGGACGAGCCUUCGACGCCAUCCGCGUGGCCACUGCACGACAAGCGCCUACGUCGGCCGACGUAGCAGAUGUGAGUUGUCUACCCCAUCACGCAUGCCAUCCACGGCUUUUCAUUUGGGCCAGUUGA